GCACACCGUCUGCCUCCGCCAGAGGUGCAAAUUGAUGCGUGCGCCUGCGCUAAGUAAAGCUCGCCGCUCGCCAGCCAACUCAGUCAAGCCCCAACCUCCACAGGGAACGCUCGUGUCCACUUGUGCCGCGAAUCAAAUACGAUAACUCGCUUACAAAUCGGAAUAAACAAAAUUUAAGUUCAGUUGUAAACAAAUAAUAUGACAACGUGAUAUAACGUGAAGCCGCGAUGUCCUUUUGUAGAAUAACGGGCCGCAGCAGGGGCCUGCCCAAGCCCAACUACUUCCCGCUCCUUGCGCCCAUCUCGCCGGCGGACGCCAAGCGCUGCUGCAGGAUUACCGGCAAAUCAUACGGUUUGCCCACUCAUCACUACAUUCCAGUACUUUUGACUGCAAGUUCUUCCAAAACAAAGUGCAAAAUAACAAAUGUGGCCGGUGAACUUGGACCCCACCACUAUUCGCCAGAAAUUAAUUAUGGCAACAGAAAACAUGACCUGCUCCCAGAUUACAGAUACAUAUUCCCCAUUCUCGACGGCUCUACUGAAGCUCAAAAAGCAUUAAUGGAUAUGUUAUUAACCAAACAAGUUACUGAAGAAAAGCGAUACGUUUAUACUGUUCAAGAAAGACGCUGUGGCCUAGUGUUCUCCGCUCGAAUGGAGGCAGCCGUACGUGAUGGAGAUGUUAGGGACGUGAUGCUCGCUAAGGACUCUGAUACUGUUCUUAUAAAAACAAAACAAGGUCGUAGUGUCUCAAUGGACUUUAAAGAUUUUACUGAAGAUGUAGAAAUGUAUGAAGGAGAGGGGCCUAAUGCGGAAGUGCUCAAACAAAGAGAACAAGAAGAACUUGAAGAAAAGAAAAAGAAAAGGAAACGGGCAGCAGGAUUGUCGUCGAUGAAAAAAAUAUUUGAAACCAAGGAAAAGCUUGCGGAAGUUCAAGAAAUUGAAGAGGAAAUACUGCGACAAGAUCGUUUGGCCAAAAAAGCUAAAUUAGACAAAAUAAAACAUGAAAAACAUGACAUUAAAAGCUUUUUGUGCGACAAUUUUAACAUAAAUCAUAUGCGAUCCAAAUCUAGCAUUGCUAUGUGUAACGGAGAGUGGAAAGAUCAAAUACACCCACUGAUGGAAACGUGGGAUUGGGAUUUACUUGAAAAGGAAACGAAAGAUGAACAUUUUAUUCCUAAGAGCACAACUUUACCAACACCUGUGAAAAUAACACCUUACCAUUGUGAAACAGAAAUAUACCAAGUUGAUAGAAAUAUUAGUGAAGUGACUGUACCUCUUGAGAAUGUUCCUAGUGUUAAUCCAUUAAAACCGGUCAAAAACCGGCCAUGUGAAACAAUAUUACAAGCUGUGAAGGAACUUUCUCCGGAGCGCUUAACUGAAACUGCAGAUGUGACUGAAAAAUUAUUUGAAGAAAAUAAAUUAGACAUGUUGCCCACUUUAGAAACAUUGCCAAAUGUUGUGAAGAACAUUAAAAAAGGGAAAAGGGAAAAAAUUGCUAAAAUAUCUGGACUAACUUUAGACAUUAAUAAAGCAAAAACGUUUAUCCCUGGGCAACAUAUAAACACACCUCAAGGACAUGUUUUCAUUCCCGGCCAGACUAUAGAGACCCCAGUUGGACCUGUUUUUGUUCCAGGACUAAGUGUAAACACACCUGCUGGUCCCGGUCUCAUCCCUGGCCACAUUGUAACAUCCGAAAAUACACAAGAGCCAUUCUUCCUUGCUGGGCAAGUUUUACAGACAACAAACGGCGAAGAAUUUGUUUGCGGACAGACUAUUAAAAAUAAAGACUCAUAUCGCUUUACUGAAGGCCAAACUGUAUUGUCUGAAGAAGGUCUUAAAUUUGUGCCUGGAAAAGUUAUUAAUAAUGGGCCCGAAGAAAUAUUUGUACCGGGUCAAACAAUUUUAACUCCUGAUGGUGCGCAGUUUGUACCCGGUCAAACAAUCACAGAAAAUGGUGAAAUAUCAUUUACACCGGGGCAAAAUGCUAAAAUAAAUAAUGAGUGGCAAUUUGUUCCAGGACAAGUUGUCCAUCAAGAUGAUGAAUUGCAUUUCGUUCCUGGAGCAACUUUGGCAACACCAAAUGGUCUAAAAUUCGUACCAGGUCAAACUGUGAUUAGUGAUGGUGAGACAUGUUUCGUUCCUGGGAUUACAAAAACAACAAACAAUGGCUUAGAAUUUAUACCAGGGACUACCGUUGAAACAAUUGACGGACCAAAAUUUAUUGAAGGUCAGAUCGUGCAUACGGACUUUGGAGAAAAGUUUUUACCAGGGAAAACAAUUGUUCAAGCUAAUGGACAUGUUGAAUUUUCUGUUGCGAAGUCUAUUGAUGAUAUUUGUUUCACUGAAGGCGCUCCAGUGGGUUUACCUAUAGAUAUUAAAACAUGUUCAGUAUCCGAAGAGUCCCUAUAUGUUUUUGGUCAUAUGGUACAAACUGGUAAAGGCAUUGAAUUUUAUCCCGGGCCUAAGAUGCCUAAAAUAGAGGGUAAAGUUGUUCCAGGUAGACUUGUUAAAAAUGGAUUAAAAGAGUCUCGCUUUGUACCCGGAAUGAUGGUUGAAGGAAUUUUCGUGCCUGGUCAAAUCGUCUUUACUGAAAACGGUGAGCAAUUUGUUCCUGGACAAGUUGUGGAUACUGCAGAAGGGCCCAAAUUUGUACCUGGUCAAGUUGUGAAUACGAAGAGUGGUGCAAAAUUCGUUCCUGGUCAAACUAUUCAUACUAUUGAUGGUCCUCGCUUCGUCCCUGGUCAAAUAAUUGAAACGAAAGCUGGUCCAACAUUUAUACCUGGACAAGUUAUUUGGACUGAAGAUGAAGGAUCUCGAUUUGUUCCUGGGCAAGUGGUUGAUACCGAAGAAGGUCCAAGAUUUGUUCCAGGUAGAGUUAUUGAAACGGAAGAUAACGGCGUAACAUUUGUGCCCGGGCAAAUUGUCCAGACACCUGAAGGUUUAAAGUUUGUUGCUCCAGAUCUAAUCGAAGGAGAAGAGGGUCUGGAAUUCUCUGUUCAGAGUUUUGUCGUUACUCCUGAAGAACUUAAACUCUUGAAAGUGAAAACUAAUCCAAACGAUACUACAUCUACUAAAGGCGAACUUACAAUUGACACAAAUAUGUUGCGACAGUUAUCUGAAGCAGGCAUGUCAAUUGGUAGACAAGUACCAGCUGACCUACCUGCAAUAAAUAUUAUUUUAAAUCAAACAAGAAAUGCUGAAGCAUUAAAAGCUUUUAUAUCUGAUUAUGGUUUGAAAGAUGACAUUGCUAAUCAAUUAAUGGAGAUCGUUACGUCGAUAAUUGAAAUGAGUGCUCACUUAAAGACCGAGAUUCAUGAAAACAAAAACGAAAAUGACUCCAAAAAAGGAAGAUUUAACAAAAAACGACUUGACAACUGCAAUUAUGAUGACGAACAAGAUGUGCAUCAAGAAAAUGUUAAAAAUUCAAUCGCAGCAGCUGUUCUGGCGGCAUUAGUAACAGCUGAACAGUUCGAAGAGAUAAACAACAAUAACAGCAGAGAAAAAUAUCAACUUAUCUUAAAAUCAAUCGAUACUAUUUUAGGCCAAACUAUUGAUGAAAAUUUCGUAUCUGCUAUGUAUAAAAUUCUUCAAACGGAAGAAAGUAAGGAAACACUUCGAGAAGAAAUACUGGAGAAUUCUUCAAAACAAAAAAUAGAAUUAAUUAAAAUUGCCUUGAACAGCACAUUACACAAACAUUCCCUUAAAGAAGAAGAUAUAAUUGAAAAGUUUUGUGACUUCCUGAGCAGCGAAAAUGAAGUAUUGGGUCCAGCGUUUAAAAAUAUUUCUAAAAACGACGCAAGCGUUCUCCGUCAUGUACUGAAACAUAUCUCCGAGUCAAUUUCUUUUAUUAAAACUGAUAACGAAGCAGCAGAAACACUUCAGAAGGUUAUCGUAUCCGCUGUCCAAGAGAAUAGUAUGAAAGAACUAGAAAGCAUUUUGCAAGAAGCGGAAUCAAACGACAUUAAACAAUUUAUUGGACAAUCAAUUGGUCUUGCUCGAGUACUUGGUAUGCACGACGUUGUUAAAAAGUUAUCAAGUACUCUAGAUAAUAAGACAAACUUGGCAAACUUAUCCAACGAUGCCGAAAGUAUGAACAUUUUAAAGAGGGUGACAGUUAUGAGGAAACUAGCUGAUGAAACACCUAGUUUACAUUCUGCAUUACAAAAACUAGAAAAUGACCCACAGCUUGCUCGUACAGAUCCCAAAUUAAGGGAUUUGGUACGAGAAAGUGCAGCUCUUAUGAUCAUACCCGAAGAUCGGCCGUUGAUGACUUCCGAUGAGGUUCCAUUGAGUUUGCUUCAGCCCGAAAACAGUUUAGCUAUGGAAGACUUUCUGUUCCAACGCAAGAAACAUCGAGGAGCGUUAUUGAUCAUGAAGAAAGGUUUGCAGGCUGUAGUGCCCCGAGAAGCCAGUCGGUCGGUUCUGACCGGUGAAGUAGCCUACACAGUUCUCGAUGAAAAUGGAAUAAGGCAUUUUGAACCGCUUCACGUAUUCUCUGCCUUAAAUCUUAGCAAGCCUAUCGCACAUCGUUUUAGUAUGUACAGCUGUCCAGUCGUAGACGACAACGAGGAGGAUCUUCAAACAUUUACUGGCUAUUGUAAUAUAAGUAACAACCAAAGAAUAACAAAGUUUGGAGGGUGGAACCGACGGUACAGCGGUGCUUCCGAACGCGAGAAUACAAGAAGCAGAAUAAGCAGUUUGGACAAUACACCCAGUUACAGACGUUACUCCUCAAGAUCCCUAACUCGAUCUAGGUCUACUUGUAGCAGAAGUCCACCUAAGGUAGAGGACGUGGUGGUAGCUUCGUGUGAUUACACCGCCGCAGCUGACGAUGAAGUGUCACUCAAGUCCGGCGACAUUGUCGAGGUUCUCGACACUAAGUCCGCCCCCGGAGCAAAGAAGCCGCGUGUUGACCCCGAGCUGGACGUGACUGCACAACUCCUCGAUGCCUCGGCAGCUAAGCACAAGCGCGCCGUCAGACCUAAGAAAAAUCAUCCGAAAAAAACGAAGACGAUCACCAACGAUAAUGGAGAAAGAUGGCUUGUGCGCGUGGUGGAGGACGUUCAAGAGGGGCAGUUGCGCACUCGCCAGGGCUGGGUGCCCGCCAGCCUGCUCAAGGAGAAGCGUCCUGAAGCUGAUCAGAUAGCCAUCGCCGCCAGGAGGCAGGCGGUGGUCCGAGAGCUGAUAGAAACGGAGGAGGAGUUCGGGCGUGACAUGCGGCAAGUGGCGGCGCGCUACAUGCGCCCGCUGGACAAGGCACACACACCCAAGACAGUGUUCGACAAUCGAGAACUGCUCUUCUCAAACUUCAGGCAGAUCUGCGAGUUCCAUAACACCGCCUUAUUGGAGGGUCUGAAGUACUACGCGAGUGAACCACGGCUGCUGGGCCGCGCUCUGCUUCGCAUGGAACGAGAAUUCGACAAGCACGCCGCCUACUGCCGAGACGAACCGCGCGCGCAACGCCUGCUUGCCACAGACCCUGUCGUUAACAAAUACUUCCAGGAACUCGUAAAAUAUUCGAAACGUCUCGGCGAAGAUUGCAACGAUCUACAGAACGCUCUCGAACUCUUCCUCGGCGUCCCCAACCGCGCCACAGAUAAUAAAUUCAUAUCUAGCAUCGAGGGUUAUAGAGGGAAUAUCUACAAGCUCGGACGUCUCCUCACACACGACUGGUUCACUGUCACCGUUGAAGGAAAGUCCAGGGAACGAUAUCUCUUCUUGUUCAAAGCGAGGGUCCUCAUCUGUAAGGUCAAGAGGAUAGAAGACGAUAGAUCAGUCUUUGUUCUUAAACAUAUCAUCAAGCUUCCCGAAGCCGAAGUCAAGGACUAUCCAGGUGACAAGCUUAAGUUCGAACUACAUCAGCUAUCCCCUCAGCUGGUAUUUCUGCUCGCCGCGCACAAGGAGGCUGUCAAGACCAACUGGCUUAAGGAGAUCAGGCAACACUCUAAAGACGUUGUUGCUUUAGCCGAACACGCGGCCGACGACCUUCAAGUGCUAUCGCAAGAACAGCCAACAUCAGAUCAGAAGUCACCAGAGCCCGAAGACAAAACAAUAAAAAGGAAACACACAGAAGAAGACCAGAAACAAGAAAAGAAAUCUCGAGCGGAAGAAGUUGAAGUAGCCGAAAUACUAACUAGACAAGAAUCUCUCGAGGUAUUGCAAACCAAAAGAAAAGCGUCUGUAGAAAGCUCUCAAACUAAAAAAGUUGCAAGGUCCGACAUACAAGAGUUAUCUUAUAUUAACGAAAGUCAAACCACAGACACGGCCGACGACAAAGGUAAAGUUACAGCCGAUUUUGAAAUUAAAUCAUCUGUAACUGUACAUGAAAGUGAAACUUGUGAGGUACAAUCAGCAUCUCUUUCCGACCCUACUGUACUAACAUUAAAAGCAGUAGACGAAGAAAGAAUAGCUCAACCUGGUACGAUUUCCAGAGAUAAAAGGCAAUCCAAAAGAAUUAAAAUAAAACCAGCGGCUGAAUUAGUAGACGCUUCAAGUAACGUCUCUGUUUCAAGAACUGAGAAUAUAGAGACAGAAGGGGACGGAACCUUGGCAACUGUUAGAUCUGAAGUUGAUAUACAAAGUGAGGAAACAUUUAUAGUCCCGCCGCAAGUAACUGAACAUACAAAGGCGGGAUUGUUCGUACAAGAAGAGUCAUCUUCAGUUUCAUUAUCCAAACAGACAAAAGUCACUUUAGAAAGUUCGCUAGGAGAACAAACAUCCCAAACUACUUUGCAAGUAUCCACAGAAAAAAACUCACAAUCUAAUCCGAUCAGUGAAAAUCAGACUAAAACAAGCCAAAAGGUAUCUUUUGAGUUAGAUUCUAGUCAAAAUAAUAGUGAAACAGUCGAAACAAGUGGUGUGACAUCUGUUGAAAAUACUAUUAAAAGUAAAACACAAAAAGAUACUAGAAGAUCUAUUUCUCGAAAAGCGUCCCGACAAACUUCUUCAGUUGAUAAAUCUGAAAUAAUAGCAGCGGAGGCAUCCUUUAAUAAAAACAAUCAAGAGCAAACAUCUAUUAUUGCCACAACAGAGGCUACACAAUCAUCUAUUGUAGCGGUUACUAAAGAUAGUGAAUCAGAUUUGGUGAAAACUACUAAUGAAAGUGUGCGAUCUUCCGAAUCAUAUCAAGGUAAAGAGAGAUCUGUAGAAGUUAGUGCAGCUGGAGCUGCUGAAUUUGAGCAAACAGCAGUUAAAAACAGUCAAACUGUAACCGCGGAAGAAAGCGUCGAAGACGAGAUGUCGAGGUAUAAUAGUCGUAGUUCGAGAACUUCUGGAGAAUAUUCCAGUAGCACUCGAAAAUUAUCAAGCGGUGGUCGGUAUGAAUCUUCUACAGGGACCAGCAUGUCCUCUUACACCAGACGUGAGAGUGGAUCGCGUAUAGAGAGCGGAAAGUAUGAAACUAGUGGAACUAUCGAGGGCAUCAGUUCCUCUAAAUAUGAGUCCAAAUAUUCGAGUGCCAGCGCCCGAGUCGAGGGAGGUAGCGCCUACGGUAUUGAAUCUAGCUACGAUAACAAAACCGAAGGAGGUUCGAAAUAUGCCAUUGAAUCGAAUUAUGAAGCUUCUAGUAAAAUCGAUAGCAUCGCUUCUAAAUACGGCAUUGAUACUAACGGUAAAAUCGAAGGUCGGUCAUCAAAAUAUAGCAUUGAGAGCAGCUAUGAUGGAGAAAAAUCCGACGGUGUAGAUAAAAUUGAAUCUUCUUUCGAAACAACAAGUAAAAUUGAUAGCAUCGCUUCCAAAUACGGUCGCGAUCUCAAUGGAAGGGCCGAAGGUCGAUCAACGAGAUUUAGUAUAGAUGCAAGUUAUGAUGGAGAAAAGAUUGAAGGUGGAUCUAAAUACGAGUCCACUUAUGAGAAGUCGAAGAACGGGGAAUCUUCAUACGAAAGGAAAUAUUCUAAAACAUCUUUAUCAAAUGGCUCAGUGACCAGUGACUUCGAGUCUUCAAGGUCUGUAAAGAAAUCCGAAUCUAUAGACGGAAAGCCGAUUUUCACGAAGACCAUCGAAGGGCAGAACAUCGAACCGGGUGAAAACGCAGCGUUCGAAUGUUCUCUUCACGAAUCUGAGGAUCUGAAGGUGACUUGGCUGAAGGACAAUAAGCCGAUGACGGAUCGCCUGAUGGACAGGUGCUCCAUCACCUCGAUAGAUGGCGCUUUCAGGCUGAAACUAAUGCACUGCAGAGAAGACGACGCGGGCACAUAUACUGCCAUUGCGGAGAAUAAGAAGGGAAAUGCUCAUUGCACGGCACAGUUAGUCGUCCAAGAGCUAACUCCAGAGGAAAGGAAAGAGAGGAAUGCUCUUAACGCGCCUUACUUUUUGGUGGCACUAAAAGAUACAGAGAUUUUAGAAAACACUUAUCUCCGCUUCAUGGUGAGGGUCAAAGGCGAUCCUAAUCCGACGGUUAAAUUCUUCCGCGACGGCAAAGAGAUAGUGAGUCGUUCAGAGAACGACCGCGUGUCUAUAGUGCGCACGCGCGCGGAGCACGGCUCCUACGAGCUGGUGAUCGCCGACGUGCAGCCCAGCGACGCCGGACUCUACGCCUGUCGCGCCAUGAACAUCUACGGCGAAGUCGAGACUGAGGCUAAAGUCACUGUUGUUGACGAUAAGAACAUUUUCGGAGAGUUACUCCCUGGCGGUGAAGGAUUGCUGGCGAAAGGGGAAAAAGCAUCAUUCACAUGGAAGAGAGAUGGACAGCCUUUUGACCCAGAAGAAAGAUUUAAGAUGCGCCCAGGAUCAAGAAGAAGAUUGAGAACCAGUCCUGUAUGGUGA